UAUAUUUUUUUUAAGUAUAAUUUCUUGGGGGCGUGGUUGUGUCGUAUGUAUGUAUUUGUAUGUAUAGUUUUCGGAAUACUGCUUUGACUACUUCAUUUGCUCAAAUCGGAUUCGAGCAGGAAGGCUCGAGGCUCGAGCGUAUCUGUAGUCGCAACUCUUUUUCCACGGCUCUGCGUCGCGUGUUUUGAACGACGGAGAUAAACGGACCACUGAACAGUUAACUGACCACGAACCGUGACGAGCUGUAGUUUUAAGUUUUGAUUCUUUUUCAAUUAUUUUUUUUCUUCGAACUUUGACAGUCGCAAAAGCAUUAACGAUGAGAAGUGAGGUACUCGCAGCUGAGUCUGUGUCAUGCCUAAGCAAAACUCUUUGCCACCUGAAGGACAUUUGGGAGGAGAUCGGAAUACCAGAGGAUCAGAGACUACAAAGAACUAAUGUUGUGAAGAAUCACAUAAAGGGUUUACGAGAUAUGAUGAUCAAAGAAGAGGAAUCCCUGAGGAAUAGAAUUAUGAGCAGUAUUCAGGACAGCAAAAAUCAACUGGAGGAGCUCUGUCUUGACCUUCAGAUUCCUAUACAUCAGGACGAGGUAGGUCUUACAAUGCUCCAGCAAGAGAAUAGCCUCCGCACCCAAGUCGAUGGUCUCUUAACUGAGAAGACAAGUCGCAUGCAGCAGCUGAAGGCUCUGCGGGAGCAGGACCAGGAGCUGUGUGACAUCCUCUGCUCCAUUCCAUUCUGCAUCUCCCCUGAUUCUGUUCCCUCAAAGGACCAACUGAAUAGCUUUGAGCAACAUAUAGCUAACCAGAAUGCUGAGAAGGCAAAUCGCUAUGCUCAAUUAAUGGGCCUCAAGAAGCAGAUCAUCUUGUGCAUGAAGGACCUGGAUUACAUCCCAGAGACCAGCUUUGAGAAGGACGUUGUCUGUAAGCAAGAAGACCUUUUCUGCCUCUCUCGAGAUAAUAUUACUUCACUCAAACUGCUUCUUUGUAAGGCAUUGAGAAACUUCGGAUGCGUCUCUUUUGAUGUUCACAAAGCGCCACGAUUCCUCACACCGAAACAAGUUUAUCCAUGGCUAGAGAAAGACAAGGCAGAGAACGAGGCAGCAUGUGAGGCCCUUCGGGAUAAGAUCCAGCAGCUGUGGGACAGACUGCAGGUGUCGCAGGAGGAAAGAGAAGUCUUCAAGGAACACAUGGUCAUGUGCAAGAAGAGUAAUCUGAAGGCGUUGCAAGCAGGGAUAGAUCGUCUGGAGGAACGAAAACGGAACAAUAUUUGCCAUGUCACUGAUGCCAUGCGCUCUGAGAUCGCUGUGUUUUGGGAAAAGUGCUUCUUCAGCACUGAGCAGCGGCAGGAAUUUUCCCCAUAUUUUAGUCAGGAUUUCACCGAGGAGCUACUAAGUUUGCAUGAUGCAGAGAUUCAGCGUUUGAGGCAGCAUUAUGAGAAUCACAAAGAGAUUUUUGAUGGGGUUCAUCAGUGGAAAGAAAACUGGAGACUCUUCCUGGAGUUAGACAAAAAAGCAACAGAUCCAUCAAGGUUUAAAAAUAGAGGAGGAAAUCUUCUCAAAGAGGAGAAGCAACGGGCUGAACUGCGCAAAAAUCUGCCAAAGCUGAAAAAGAAACUAAAAGGCCAAAUUGAUGCAUUUGAAAGUGAGCAAGGAAGUGAGUUUUUGGUUAAUGGCCAGAAGUUUCUUCAGUAUGUGGCAGAACAGUGGCAAGUGCAUCAAUCCGAGAAAGACAGAAAAAAACUAGAAAGACAUCUGAAGAAAAGCAAGCAGACUGAAGAGGAGACUCUGUACGGAACACCACAAACCCCCAAGCGCAGAUUGCUGGGAAACAAUACCCCAAAUAAAUCAAAAUGGAUGAAUGCCUCCUCCAGUGUUUCUGUGGCCACAUCCAACAGUACAACACCGUCUGUCUACAGUGGGAAUGUCUGUCGUUCACCGGUGCCACGCUCACCAAGGAGACAACCACCUCUUCACAUAGUUUUACAUUUACAUUUUUAAAACCGUCUUACAAUUUUGUGCCUGUUCCAGUGCCGUUGACAGCAAUAGAUGACCAAUUCAUUUUUACUGGGACAAUCACUGCCAACCUCUCCCAAUCAACAUUGAUUGGACGUCUUUCGCCGCCUACUGCAGCGAUUAUGUUAAUUUAUUGAAUAACAAUCAAGCAGUUACAGCAGUAGGAAGGUUUUUGGUCUGUUUCCCAUAGACUUUAAAAAUCUAUAUAUUAAGAAGUCUAUGCUGUUUCCUUAGUUUCAAUGUUUCAAGUGGUAAUAUGCCAAAUACUCAUAUUUUGUUCUUUUUAUUAUAUUGGAUUACUGUCACUGAUUGUUGGUACUUAUAUAUUGAAUAUUCAGAAUAAACAUAAUCAGGUUAGUAUGUGGUCACUGUAAAAAGUUCCAUUUUUAGAGCGGAUCUGUUUCAUCAAUCACAGUCAAUGGCAGCCAAUGAGUAAAUUAAAUCAAUAUUUUUGAGUGGAUUUUGAUCACAUCCCUGAAGGCCAUUUAAUUGGUUUUAAAAACAUUGAUCCUCAUAUUUUUUCCCGCGACGGGUUUAUAAAGUUAGGUUCGUACUGCAGGUCUUGUGGUUGGGUUGCAAGGAAGAAAGAGUUGAACAAUAAAUGGAGACGUGAGGAUGUGAAGAGAAGACGCUCGUCUCGUGUGUUCAUUCAGCUUUAUUCUAGGGAUACAAUCUAGAAUAAAACAGUCUUAAUUUGAUAAUACUUACAGUAAUGUUGUAUCUUUUUUUUUGGCGUGCCUGUUCAGACUGCCUUUGUCCAUUGUAGGCCGUCAGGUCACCUACCUUUUCGUUCAGUUUCGCUCCGCUACCAGGGGCACUAAAUAAUUUCUUCUUCAUAAAACAGAUUUAUUAGUUCUAAGAAUCCGUGGAGUUCACCCUCUGAAAACGUGUCAAUUUUUUGUUGACGGUGUUGAAACCCCGGGAGUAUUUUUGCGUUGAGGCGCAUUGAUCUCUGGUGUUCGCGUAGUGCCAUUAGGUCGGGAGUGGUGUGAUUUUGGUCACAUGAGCCAAUCAGGUAGCCGCUUUCUCCUCACCAUAACAACCAGAUAUCAAAAUGGCGACUGCAACAUCGGAGAGCGAAGACGAGCGAAUGGAGAAAAAAGUUAAAAAGAGCGCAGAAAGUGGGAAAUAAACGAUGCUACAUGCAUCUUUUUUCCGUGAAGAAUGAGGACGUCUUGGACGUCACUUUUCAACGGUGGAACACGUACAGAACCUGCUUUAAAAAGUGGCUUUGUCUUCACGGCGCUAACAAGGAUCUUUCAGGAAUAUACAAACAUUGCGUGGAUAUGGAUUUUGAAAAUAUUCCUGGUGACGCUGGAUUCCACACUACAUGCUACCGGCGUUUUACUGAUAAACAGAAAGUGUUAAAGGCUGAGAAAAAAUUCGCACGUACUGGGGGAGAGCCAUCUGCAGCCGCGAGCCAUUCUGACCCCCCUGCGAGUACUAGCGAAGUUGCAGAAGCGUCUGAAACUCCCAGAAAAAAAUUCGUUCCCGUUCAGGUUUGCCCAUCGCUUCUGCUGGCCCUGUCCUUCCAGCCAUCUGCAUCAUUUGUAAAAAAGUGUCAAAGUAUGCUCGUUUGGGAUCGGAAGGCAAACGGCAGCGGGAUCAUCUCGCCAAAGCAGAGGCAUUGUCGGCAGGCCGGUUGCUGCAGGCAGCAGAGAUGAAGAAAGACUCUUCAAUCCUUCAACAUAUCAAAGACAAAGACUGUGUUGCAAUGGAGGUGCGAUACCAUAAAUCCUGUUACCGAGAUUACACCAGGUUCCUAACCAAGUCAACAGCAGCAGAAACUGCAACGAGGGACGAAGAACUAUGAGUUAUUACAUUGCACUAUUCCAUUGACACUUUGCUAAAAUUACACAUUUCAAAGACAACCCUAUGCUGAGAGCUACAAACUCUUUUGUGAACAAGUGGUCCGUCAAAGGAUUAUCGUUGACAAAGAAGUGCUCAGAAUGGACAAGCUAAAAAGGUUGUUCGUGAACACCGUGAAGAACCAUGAGGAUCUUGAUGCUUCAGACUACAAGUAGGUUUUGCUGAAAAGAUUGAAGCGCGAUUUCCUCCAGUUGGUUUUUCACACCCCUUUCCAGCGCAACAUGUCUGAAAUGUUUUUUUUUUUUUUUUUUUGAGACAUUAUCAACAACAGACAAACUUUUAGACAGGAUACCUCAGUCAUCGGGUACAUCAGCUACCGAAUCUACUGAGGUAAGCCAAGAAAGUGACACUGAAAAAAUGGAUAGCACAACAUCAGGUUGGAAAACCAGCUCUGGGCCCAAGUGUUUGUUCAGCCCUCUUUGGCAUCCAUACAUUCACAGGUUGUGACUCGACCAGGGCCUUUCAUGGCAAGGGCAAAACAAAGACAUUUUCUCUUGCUUGUCAGCAAGUAGAAUACCUGACUGCGUUUACAUAUCUAAGUAGUAGUUUUAACCUUGACCAGUCUACAUUUGAGGCAUUGAGCAAAUAUAUGUGCCAUCUAUAUGGCCAGUCAACUGCCAAAAAUGUCAACUAUGCAAGAUACAAGGCAUUCUGUAUGGCAUCGUCAGCUUUGCCAGAACUGUCCAUUCCUCCAACAAGUGAUGCUCUCUUCCAACACAGCAAAAGGGCAAACUACCAAGCAGCAGUAAUGCAACAUUCUCUGACUGGGCUGAUGUGUGCCCCUUCACCAAUUGGCAAUGGAUGGGACAUUGAGGAUGGUGAAUUAACAGUAAAAUGGAUGACUAGAAAUCAUGCCCCAGAUAGUGUGCUACAGGUAGUCCACUGUGGUUGCAAGAUAAGCAAGUGUGAGACUGAAAGAUGUUCAUGCUUGUCUGCAAAAAUGUCUUGUACAGAUUUAUGCCACUGCCAGAACUGUGAAAAUAUUUCAAAGGAAACAGAAAGAGGCACAUGGGAUAAUGACACUGAUGAUAGUGAUAUUGAUGAGUAAUCACCCACCAUGUAAAAUCUGUCCUAAGUUUUGGUUCAUUAUCAAGAUGGUACUCUCCAUUUUAACCCUUUUAAAACAAAAAAAAUGUCUGUAUUGCCUUUUCCCAAAACAUAGACCUUUGUUCAAUUUGACUGCCAAAAAAGAUGGAUGUUCCAAUGAAGUGCCAUGGUUUUAUUGUGAAUGCACAUUUGAUAUAUGUAAAUAUAUAUAUUUUUUGUGUGUGUGUGUGAGGCAGGGGUGGGGGUGUAAAUGACAUGCUGUGACAUAAUCUGACACUUUAAUAAAUACUCUUUGUUACAAUUAUCUGGGCUCUUAAUGCAUUUAUUUUCAUCCAGUCCAUUUUGCCUUGUUCCAGUUAUGAGGUGCAUGGUAGGAUUUUCAGCCAUUUUUGGCCAA